AUGUCUGAUCGCGCCAAGCCUUCUUCCAGUAAGGGGAAGAGAGACUCCUCCCCUUCUGAACCUGAAGUAAAGCGAAAAAAGAAAAUGUUGAAAUCUGAGGCCACAGGUUCCUUGAGGCAUCAAAUAGCCCCCUUAGAUUCUAUUAUGGAGGAAAUGGAGAAGGAAGUUCAACGGAAGAAGGAAUUGGCUGCAGCCGCUGCUGCUGAACAGGAGGCUAUAGCAAGAGAGGUUGAUCCUCGUCCUGAAAUCCCUAGGUUAACACGAGAUGCGUUAGAGAACAUGCCUGUGGAUAACACCAUGGUCACAAACUUUGUGAAAAGAGAGUGCAUAAUGUAUCAAUUGCUGGGUCAUAAGAUGAUGGAUGGAAGGCUACAAGCUUAUCCCAAUUUAGGAUAUAUAAAAUCGGAUAUUGCUGUUUUCCCUUCAUACGCUUAUGAUAGGAUUGGCCCGCAAACACCGCCGCAAGAUGAUCUGCCUAGUAAUGUUCGGAAAGGACCUAAAACUCCGCCUGGCUCUCCAGGCCCACGGACACCUCCAUGUUCUCCUCCAGCAAACGAGGAUAAGACCGCUAUCUUGGCGAACGUUGCUGCCAUCACUGGCUCCAAUGUAAACCAACUAGAAGCUUACUUCGGAUCUGAGUUGAGCGAAGCGUUAGGUUCUAUGGAAAAGGCAGCACUAUUGGAGAAGAUCAAGGAUGCUCUACUGACAUCUGUGAGAGUUAAGAAGGAAGCCAAGGAAGAACAGUCAUCUACUCAUGCGGAGAUACCUAGACGUAACAGAGAUAACGCUUCUGUGCAGAUGGAACUUGUAUCGGACGAGUCAUUAAGUCCAGAAAGGCCAUACUCUCCGAUAGUUGCACCCCCGCCACCACCUCCUAUCAUUGAACCACCUCCAAAACCUCCUACCUUCACUUCUACAGAAAAUACGGUGCCUGUUUGGCCUGUCAAAAAAGAGAACGAAAAAAAGAUGUCAACGCCUGUUUCUUUGCCAAGACCGGUGCAGCCUACGGUGUCUGUCCCUGUGUCCGUAAUAACCGCUCCCCCCCUACCACCUCCGAUGCAACCUCCACCGAGAGAGAUACUAGGACAUCCUUUUAUGCAACCACCACCGAUGAUUCCUCCUCCGAUGCCUUUAUUUCCUCCACCACCUACUGGACCAUCAAUGUCUGUUCCACCUCCUCCUAUGAUUCCUCCUCCGCCAUUAACAAUGACAUCAACUAUGCCAGCAACGCCUCCAACAAUUUUGGUAACCAAGAUUACGAUGCCCCCUCCUCCUCCUUCGCCUUCAAUAGUGAAUACAGCAACAAAACCUCCCCCUGUCCACAACCCGUUACCGAAGUUGGAUGUCAAGAUCACUCCGUUACAUCCGAAUGAUUCGCAUCAACAUAAUUCUUCAAUAGACGUUUCUAAGCCUCCAGCAAACGGAGGAACACCAUACAAGAAUAACCCUAUAUCUCAAAACUGUACACCAGUCCAAGGAGGAAACGUGCUCUUGAGAACACCUACAUCUACUGGGGCAAAUGCUUCUUUCAAUUCCAAUUCGAACGGUGGCAAGGAAAAGAAUGGUCAUGAAAUCAGCUCACAAACAGUUACGAAUGCUCUCUUGUCUGCUCUUGGCAUAGGAAUGAAACCGCCUGAUCCACCACGGUCCAACAAUGCUGAUAAUCGUCAAGCCUCCUUCAAUAACUCUGUUUUAUCCGAUUUCGCCAAUCAGUCAUGGUCUCAAGAAUCGAACGGUCCAAUGAAACCUGUGAAUCAACCCACUACUCCUGUGAACGGACAGCACGUCCAACACCUCAACUCCAUUUCAGGAAGGCCACCUUUUAGAGGAAGAAUGCUCACACGUGGUCCUAGUCAUCCGCAUCGCCCACCUCUCCAUGGUGGCAUGCCGCCAAGUCCUAUGAUGGGUCGCGGGCCGUACCCAAUCCCUAACGGUCCACCACCGAUGGGUCCUCAGGGUUUCAAUCGAGGCUCACCUAAUAACCGUUUCCGAGGUGGUCAAAGACGGAACGGUUUUGGAGGACGUCCAAUCCGACAUUCAUAA